UCCCAUUUUCGUUAUUCCUUCUCCUUUCCCCAAAAGGCCACCCUUCUCCUUAUUCCUUUCCUUCCCCGAAACGGCAUCCUCAGUAUUAAUAUAACAGAUCGCUCUUCCACUCGAAUUCUCCAACCCCAUCAAAGUCAAACAAAAAAAAAAUCUCUCAUUUCCCAACUUCUCAUCGGCAAUGUCGAAUCAAAGAUUAAAUGGAAAAGUAGCUCUUAUAACCGGCGGCGCUAGCGGGAUCGGGGAAGAAACGGCGAGAGUAUUCGCAGAAAACGGCGCGAUCGUAGUAAUCGCCGACAUCCAAGACGAACUAGGCGAAAAGGUCGCAAGGGAAAUCGGCGAAAACAAGGCGAGUUUCCACCACUGCGACGUGAGAAACGAGGAAGACGUGGAGAAAACGGUGAAAUUCACGGUGGAAAAACACGGGGUAUUAGACAUUCUGUUCAGCAACGCGGCGGUGAUGGGUCCACUGACCGGAAUCUUGGAACUGAACAUGGAGGAGUUCGAGAACACGAUGAGAAGCAACGUGAAAGGGGUGACGGCCACGAUAAAGCACGCAGCAGGUGAGAUGGUGAAGAGAAAGACACGAGGGUCGAUUAUAUGCACAGCCAGCGUGGCAGCCACGUUGGGUGGGGUGGGGCCGUUUGGGUACACGGUGGCGAAGAACGCAGUGGUGGGUGUGGUGAAAGCGGCUUGUGGGGAGUUGGGGAAAUAUGGGAUAAGAGUGAACGGGGUUUCUCCUUACGGGGUAGCUACACCGAUGACAUGUGGGAGUUAUAAUAUGAGUGUGGAGGAAGCGGAGGAGGGUACGAGUGCGUUGGCGAAUUUGAAAGGGAUUGUUUUGAAUUGUCGACAUGUCGCUGAGGCAGUUUUGUUUUUGGCCUCCGAUGAGUCGGUUUAUGUUAGUGGACAUAAUUUAGCUGUUGAUGGUGGCUUUACCGUCGUUUGUGCUGCUGCUAAUUCCAAUCCUACCCUUUGAAUUUUCCAAUACCAUUAAGAAUUUUGAACUUUUUAUUUUCAAUAAUUAUGCUGUCUCAUUAAUGUUUUGAGUUGAGGAUAUGUUAUGUUCUUAUAAUUAUUGGUUGGAUUAAUGAAAAGUAAAUCUUGUUUUUAAAA